ACAAAGUAGAAUCUUGAAGCACCGAUCAUGGCUGCAGAAGAUGCUUCAAUUCGCACGCUUGAACACACACCAACAUGGGCACUCGCCACAGUUUGUUUUGUUUUCAUAUCCGUUUCCUGUGUCCUGGAGCACAUUUUUCAUCUCCUCACAAAUUGGCUUAACAGAAGUCGAAGAACUGCUCUUGGCGAGGCAGUGAACAAGCUCAAAUCAGAGUUGAUGUUGUUAGGAUUCAUGUCAUUGAUGCUGGCGGUGACCCAAAAACCUAUUUCUAAAAUCUGCAUACCAGCCAAUCUUGCGAACUCCAUGCUUCCUUGUCGUAAAGAGGUUGCAUCCACACUCACUGCAGUACAAAAUUAUGGAAAUUUUGCCGGUAAUUUUGUUGGGAGUUUGUCUUUAGAGAAUGGUCUGCGUGUUAAGAAUAUUUUAUGGGGACAUAGGAGUUUGUUAGCAGAUGAUGACGGUGUAAAUAUUUCCGAUGAUCCUUGCAGUUCAAAAGGAAAGGUUUCUUUAAUAUCCGAAAAAGGGAUCCAGCAGCUUCACAAAUUCAUUUUUGUGCUAGCAGUUAUGCAUAUUGUAUAUGGUGUUCUAACCAUGGCUCUGGGCUGGACCAAGAUGAGGCGGUGGGAAGCUUGGGAGAAGGAAAGUCGGACAACUGAAUACCAAGUUGCAAAUGAUCCAAAUCGAUUUAGACUUACAAGACAAACAACAUUCGGAAGACGGCACAUAGAGACUUGGACAAAAAUAUCACCCCUCCUAUGGAUGAUAGGUUUCCUCAGACAGUUUUUUAAUUCGGUAGCAAAAGUUGAUUAUCUCACCUUGAGACAUGGUUUUAUCUCGGCUCACUUGUCAACCAGGAACGUCAACCAUUUCAAUUUCCAAGAAUACAUACAGCGAUCCUUAGACGACGAUUUCAAGGCCGUUGUUAGCAUUAGUCCUUUAAAGUGGUUUUUGGUGGUAAUUUUCUUGCUGCUGGACGUACAUGGUUGGAAUGUAUAUCACUGGAUUUCCUAUGUUCCACUCGUGAUUGUGCUGGUCGUGGGAGCCAAACUUGAGGUGAUUGUUGCAAAAAUGGCUUUCCGAAUCGAUGAUCAAAACUGUGUGAGCAGAGGAACCCCUCUUGUUCAACCAAAUGAUAAUCUCUUUUGGUUCGGUCAACCAAGAUUUGUUCUUGUUCUUAUCCAUUUUGUUCUGUUUGUGAAUGCAUUUGAGCUUGCCUUCUUCAUUUGGGUUGCUAUACAAUUUGGGCUUGAAUUAUGUUACCAUGAGAACACUGCAUUUAUUGUCGCACGGGUCGUGUUAGCGUAAGAUUCUCUUUUGACAUAAU